AUGUGUAAACUAUUUCUGAUACAGGUAGUUAUAGUGUUGGGGCUCUGGAAUGUGUCCGAGUCUCGGGUUUAUACUCAAGCAGAACUUGAUCUCUUAGCCAGCGUGCACUACGAGCAGCUCCCAAGACAUCUGCAACUGAUGCUGAAGAGAGGCAAAAAAUUGGGCGAUAGCAGUAACUGGUGCUGUAAGAACGGGGCCGACCAGGUGAUCACCAAUACACAGGUGACAAAGAUCGCUGCACACACGAUCAAGGAGUCUGUCAAGGUGCACACAGAGGACGGAUGUGGAUUCCUGAACACCCAUACGUGUGAGAAUACGAAUAUACAAUACGUCGAGAAGCUGAUCACCUACAUCGACUACCAGCUCGUCCCUAACAAGAGCGUUUGUCCUGACGAGCAGAUCACGUGCUGUAACGGAUACAUACUCGCCGCUGAUAAUUGUCUGGCGGCGGAUGGCCAGUACCUGAGCUCCCUAACCGAUUCACUGAUCAAGUUGCAAAACGCCGGUCUUCUAGGAUGA